AUGGCAGCUUCCGAGCCACGCCAGCAGGGCUCCUCGGACUCAAGCCAAAAACAUCCACCGGCCACCCCUAUCUAUGUUCUUAGAGGGCACACGAGUCCAAUACACUCCCUCAACUUCUAUGGAUCUAAUUCAAGGCUUAUUUCUGGGGAUGCUGAUGGCUGGGUUGUGGUAUGGGAUAUGACCAGUAAACGGGCGGUAGCAUCCUGGAAGGCCCACGAAGGAUCUAUCUUGGGCAUUUCAGGAGUUGAAGCCUGCUUGGAAACAGGGGUAGAAAGAAGGAUAAUGACGCAUGGGAGAGACCACAAGCUGUGUGUCUGGAAGCUGAAUGAAAAGGAUGAGGACGUCGUGGGAAGGACGCUGCCACUGGACACGCAAAACAACCCACAAGAUAGGAACAAGCCAUGGCUAUUGCACUCGCUCUCUGUUAAUGCUCUUAAUUUUUGCGGCUUUGCAUAUUGUUUUCUCUCACAAAAAGGUGAGACUGAGCUUGGGGAUGCGGUUAAGCCGGGAAACCAGAUGCUUCUCGCAGUUCCAAAUGCUUUGAAUACCGGUGGCCUUGACAUUUUCCAUCUACCAUCUGAAAGACGGCUAUGUGUCAUCUCGCCUGACGAGAAGGUCAACACUGGUAUGGUUAUGGCACUAGAAAUGUUCAUAUCGUCUGAAGGAGAAGAUCUUUAUAUCAUUUCUGGCUACGAGGAUGGAAGUGCGAUGGUCCACGCCUGUCGAGGAGGCAUUAACCGGCUACCCAUCGCGAAUACAAAUGACUGUUCUAACUCCUCAUGGGACUGGGAGUUAUUGUAUUCAAAUCGUCCACAUACCCAGCCCGUCUUAUCACUCGAUAUAUCACUUUUUUCGGAAGGAAGAUACUUCAUCACUUCAUCUGCGGAUGCAAUUGUAGUGAAACAUCCUAUACCAAGGCUGCCGCCCUCUUUGGAACCCGAUGUUACCAAUAUCAGAAGUGUGGUGGAAUCAACACAUUUAAAAUCCGUGAACACCAAACAUUCCGGACAACAAGGGCUGAGAAUUCGAUCAGAUGAUAAAAUAUAUGCUACCGCUGGAUGGGAUAACAGAAUCCGGGUUUACAGCUGCAAGUCAAUGAAAGAGCUGGCUGUUUUGAAAUGGCACAAGGAAGGAUGCUAUUCUAUUGCCUUCGCUAAGGUUUUUACGGACACAGGGAGUAUAGGAGCCGCUGGGGGUGUGAUGACUACGGAUACAAACCUGGAAAGUAAGAGUACGUCUCUUAUGGUUGCGAAUGAACCCCGUUCUCUGACGGAAAUCAAGCAACAGAGAAACCUCAAAGCACAAUUAACACAUUGGAUUGCCGCCGGAUCAAAGGACGGAAAGGUCUCGCUAUGGGAUAUAUACUGA